AUGUCCUCAUUUCAGGCCUCCCAACUUCCUCUCUUGAGCAGGCGAGCCGAAGUCACCUUGGACGGAGUUUGGCCCACGGACAAAACCUCGCGUUGCUUGAUCAAGAGCCCAGAACGGCUGACAGAAAUGAACUACGAAGGCCGGCUGGAAGCUGUCUCUCGGAAGCAGGGAGCCCAGUUUAAGGAGUACCGCCCCGAAACUGGUUCCUGGGUAUUCAAGGUGGCCCACUUCUCCAAGUACGGCCUGCAAGACUCCGAUGAGGAAGACGAGGACAACCUGGCCAAAGUGGAGGCUAAGAAGUUAAAAACGGCUCAGGUGCCCUUGCCGGGCCAGCUGAUCGCUCAGCAAAUGGCUGCGGCAGGGAAGUUGGCGCCUCCUUCCAAGAGCCCCGAGGCCGACCACCUGGGGAAGGGAGUCGAAUUCGACAGCGACAUGGCAGACAUCACCCAAGAGCUGCUUCCGGAGUCCAUGGCGGAAGAGAACCUGGCGGAAGAACAGGAGCCGGUACCGGCCUCGACCCAUAUUGCGUCCUCCCUGGACAUCAACCCUCACACGCUGCAGAUCAUGAAGGCUUCUUUGCUGGCAGACGAGGAGGAGCUGGACUGGAUGGCGGAUCCCCAGUUUGGCCAGCCAGCUGCAGAAAUGGACCCUUCGCAAGAGGUCUGCUCUCCGAGGCUCCCCAUCUCCUCCUCUCGAGGGUGGAAAGGCCGCCCCCCAGGUUCCAGGCUGCUGCAGUCCAGACUCUCCACCGGCUCUUUCCUGCUUUCCAGCGCCUCCCUCCAGGACCGCCGCAGCCCGAGGACUUCCUCCCUGGGCGGGGCUUUGGCCGCCCCGCCUUGGGCUGCUCUUUCCCCCCUGGCCUCCGCCUUCGUCCUGCCGCGCUCGGCUCCCGAAGCGCCCCUGAGAACCGUGGGGGUCCGCAGGCAGCCGGGCCUGGUGGCCCUGAAGAAGUCGGUCGCCUACGGGAAGGGGCGGCUGCUGAAGGACAUGGCCCUCUUCGUGGGACGCUCCUUCCGGGUGGGCUGGGGGCCCAACUGGGUUCUGGCCCACAGCGGUGACCGCUUGAGCCCUCUGGGCGAGCCGGAGGACCACGGGGAGGCCACCGAGUACGGGUUCUUGCCGGCCCCCGUGGCACCAAAGCAGGUCUCCGAGUCCCCCUUCAAGGUCCACCUGGAGAAGCUGACCGUGGAGGGGAAGGCGACCGACCGCUUCUACCUCCCGCCAUUGGAGAUCAAGCUGAAGCACAGCACCGUCCACCUGGAUGACCCCUGUCCCUUCCUGGCCCCCAACCCGGGCGUGGCAGCCAUCCAUGAAUAUGCCGCCUGGGCCUCGGAGGCCUCGGAAGGCGCAGAAGAAGAAGAAGGAGGAGGAGGGGUGGUGAGGGCCUGGGGCCUAGUCUGGCGCUUGUGCGAGGCGCUCUGGGGCCACCUGAAGGAGCUGGAGGGGCGCCUGGAGGAGCCCAGAGAGUACGGGCUGCUGCUGGAGCGCCGGAGGGCCUUCUCCCACUGGCUCUCCCGGACGGCGGACGAGCGGAUCCAGGAGGAGGUCUCCCUCCGGCAGAACGACAGCCCCGCCGAGGCCGUCUUCAGCUACCUCACCGGGAAGCAGAUCGGCAACGCCUGCCGCCUGGCUCAGCAGUCUGGGGACCUGCGCCUCUCUCUGCUCCUCUCCCAGCUGGUGGGGAGCCAGGAGGUCCGGGAGCUGCUGGCCCUGCAGUUGGCCGACUGGCACCAGCUCCAAGCUGACGGCUUCAUCCAGGACGAGCGGCUGCGCAUUUUCUGCCUCCUGGCUGGCAAACCGGUGUGGCAGUUAUCCGAGAAGAGAACCAUCAACGUCUGCUCCCAACUGGACUGGAAGCGCUCGCUCGGGGUGCACCUCUGGUACCUGCUGCCUUCCACGGCCCCCCUUUCCAAGGCCCUCAGCAUGUACGAAGCCGCCUUCCAGGCCUCCCCAGAUGGAGAGAAGUAUGCCUGCCCCCCACUGCCUCCCUACCUAGAAGACGCCGGCUGCGUGGCGGAGAACGACAACGCACAACGGCCGCUGCGAGACGUGUGUUUCCACCUGCUGAAGUUGUAUAGUGACAGGUGCUACGACUUGCAUCAGCUGCUGGACCCCCGCAGCGUCACCGCAGACCCCCUGGACCACCGUCUCAGCUGGCACCUGUGGGAGGCCCUCCGCACCCUGAAUUACACCCACCUGUCGGAGCAGUGCCAGGGGGUGCUGAACGCCAGCUACGCCGCCCAGCUGGAGAGGGAGGGGCUGUGGGAGUGGGCCGUCUUCGUCCUGCUCCACACCCCCAAUGCUCAAACGCGGGAAAGAGCCGUGCGGGAGCUGCUGAACCGCCACUGCAAGCUGCUGGAGCUGCCCGAGUCCGGGGAGAAGGAGGCCUUCCUGACGCAGAAGCUGUGCGUGCCCCCGGAGUGGAUCUACGAGGCGAAGGCCCUGUGGGCCCGGAGGGAGGGGGACAAGACCCGCGAGGCCCUCUACCUCUUCAAGGCCGGCCACUGGAACCAGUGCCACCAGCUGGUGGUCAGGCACUUGGCUUCUGACGCCAUCAUUAACGAGAAUUACACCUACCUGAAGGGCCUCUUGGAAGACCUGGCCAGCCCCGAGCGCUGCAGCCUCAUUCAGGGCUGGGACACGGCUGGGCUGGUUUUCUUGGACUAUCUCCAAGUCAUCGAGAUGGUCAGCAGGAUUCAGCAGCUGGACUGCACCGGCUACGAGCUGGAGGAGAUCCACUCCAAAGUGAUCUCCCUCUGCGGCAGGAUAGAGCUGGUCCAGUGUCACAGUGCCAAGGACAGGCUGGCUCAGUCGGAGAUGGCCAAGCGCAACGCAGACAUCCUCCGUGUGGUGCUGAGCCUGCAGCACCCUCCGGACCCGGCCUCCAGCACCACCCCCGACGUGCAGAGGGUCCCCCUGCGCCUACUGGCCCCCCACAUCAGCCGGCUGCCCAUGCCAGAAGACUACGCGCUGGAGGAGCUCCGCGGGCUGACCCAGUCCUACCUGCGGGAACUGAUGGUGGUGGCCCAGUGA